GCAGGACUGUGUGGUGACAGCGUUUAGCGUUUCUGAUGUUUCAUUUUCUGUUUUAGUAAAACGUGACGGAGGUUUUUAUAGCCAGGCGUCGCAGACGAAUAAUUUCUCCGCUAUAAGGGACUGAAGACGAUGAACAUUUCCGCUAUGUUUGCGCCAAGAGGUUCCCGUUAACCGGCAAUUAAAGCUGAUAGCUAACUGCUAACAGCUAGCAUAGCUAUCUAACGAUUUCGCCGGUACAGGCGGACCUCUUUGUCUGACAGGGGAAGGCGUGCUCUUUUGUUAGCUUUUCCCUUUGUCCAUUCGGGAAAGAGGAACUGUUGGGUCAGGAUUUCACAAUAAUCUGCAGUUUUGAAAGUAUUUAGAAAAUGCAAAUCGCGAAAAAAUACUUCACAGAAGGCCUGAUUCAGUUAACAAUCUUACUCAGUUUGAUUGGAGUUCGAGUGGAUAUCGACAGCUACUUAAGCGGCUACUAUACGCCUCUGAUAGAGAUUAACUUGGGUCCUAGCUCAGCCUACACCCAGACACCCUUUCAUAAUUUGAGAGACACUCUUGACGGAUACAGUGUGCACCCAAAAUGUCCCGAGUUGGACUAUUUCUUUGCAAGUCGCCGGUUACUAGACGAGGUGAGGACCCUCGGCUCCCCGCGGUUCCCCACACAGCUGAACGCAUGGCUGGUGCACCAAGUGUCUACAACUGACAAGGCUGACUGUGGGCCUUCAACCAGCAACAACACUGACACGAACUCAGGGUUAGAGAAUCCCAGGGACGAAGCCAGGGAUGACAGUGAGCACCUGCCUGACAGUGGCCAAGAGGUGUGCCAAACAACCCCAGAACUCGGACAAGGGCCUUGUAACGCUGGAGCCUGCGGGUUUCUUAAAGAGGAGGAUGAUGCUAAAGUUAAAACGGAGGAUGAACCUGCCCCACUCGCUCAGCUGGCUCACAGUUCUACACUGGAACAAGAGAGUCUGCUUGAAGGCAUUACUGCACUCUCUGAUCCAGCAGGCCACCCUCCUCCUACCAUUGAUAUUGACCAGCACUGGAACAGUUUACUCUCUCUGUCUGUUACUGACCUUGAUGACUUGGACUCCCUUGUUACUGAGCGCCUAUCAGACCUCAACACAGACAUCACCACCGCCAUCAGCCAGGAUGUCAGCUUGCAUGAUGCUAUGGUAACCAGUGCUGGAGUGUUUGGUGUGACGUCUGAAAGCAUUGAGUCCAGGCCAGUCACACAACAAGAAAGAACCCUCUUCCGACUGGAAUCCACAGGCUCCUCACACUCAGACGCCUCACCAGGGAUGGCGUUGGGCCUGGCUGCUCUCCCCUUUGCUUCAGUAUGUAAUUUAUCUGGAAAUGUGUCACAACAUAGUGCACUGGGUGGCUGUCUGGAUGAGGCAGUGUUUGACCAGAUUAAUCAGCUAGGUUUAGAAGGCCUGGACACAAUGGACACCCAGCUGAUGGGCUGUCUGGGGAGCAUAGACCCACAGGUCCUUGAGGACUUGGACUCGGAUUCUGGCCUCUCCUUGGAGAGCAGCUCUGGAGGUCCAGUCUCCCCAGGCUCAUCCGAGAUGUCAUCGUCAUCCAGUUCAUAUUGUGAGGAUGAAUGUGGAGCUACAGGCUACAGCAGUGAGGUGGAUUCACUCCCCUCAAAAGGCAUCACGGACUACACGACAACGUGGUCACCCAUUGAUCUGAGUGAGAGUGUGUGGCAUGACCACAGCUACUCAUCUCCUGCUUUCUUCGACCAGCCAUCGGUAACACUUCCCCACAAAGGUAUCAAAGAGGAGCCUCUCAGCGAUGAUGAUGGGCCAAGGCUGGACGAGAGGGAGCUGAGUCGUGAUGAGCUGCGCGCCCGUGCCAUGUGCAUCCCAUUCUCUGUCCUGCAGAUUGUCAACAUGCCUGUGGAGGAGUUCCUGGAGGUCCUCGACGGUCAUGGCUUCUCCACUGAACAGGUGACCCUCCUGAGGGACAUCCGCAGGAGGGGGAAGAACAAACUGGCAGCACAAAACUGCCGGAAGCGCAAACUAGAUGCCAUCACGGGGCUCCAGGAGGAGGUGGAAAGGCUGCACGCUCAGCGAGACAGGCUACUGAGGGAGAAACAGCUCACAGCCAAGACAAUGGGUGCUGUGGGCCAGCAGAUAAAGCAACUGACCAGAGACGUCCUGGCCCGGCUGAGGGAUGAUUCAGGACAGCCCCUGAGCCCAGAAAGAUUUACCCUGCAGUGCGGGACUAACGGGAGGGUUGUAGUUCAGCCUGUAAGACGGCCUGCUGUCUCCACAUCAACUGGCAACAAAACAGACAAGAGAAAGAAGGAGAAAAAGCAAUGAUGCAGUAUUGCUAGCUGAGACCUGAACUUUUAGGUUUUUGGGAUAUUUCUGAACUUACUUGCUUGACUCUGGUUUCGGGAUCUCCUCUUUUUGUAUAAGUGUGUGUGGAUUAGGAGCCUAAAUCGACAAAAGCUGCAAAAAGAAAAGAAACUCAGAACAUAAAAAAAAAAAAAAAAAAUCUCUGUAAAUAAAGUCUCUCAUGGGAAAAAUGUAGCUUACACACUGGACAUUU